UCCAGGUCUCCCACAUGGGUGGCAGGAACUCAGUUACUUAAACCAUCACUACUUUCUCCCUGUGUCUGCAUUAGCAAGAAUCUGGAAUCAGAAGCUGAAGCCAGGUCUUGAAUGCAGGUAUUCUGAUAAGAGGUUCAGGAAUCUUAACCAGUAUCUUGACUGCCAGACUAAGUGUCUGCCCUUCAAUCUUUGUAUAUUGCCUGUUUCUUAGCAUAUUACUGCAUUGAUAAUUUUUAAUUCUUUUGCCUUGUUAGGUUUCUAUGGGCCUGUAAGGUUUCUUCUGCUAAGUCUGAGUCAGGCAAACUGGGACAGCUUCUCCUUGUCUUUAAUCUUGGAGAGCUUAAUUUUAUUACCUUGGAUGAACUGGGAAACUGUCAGAAAAUGGAAUCCUUCCCUGUGAGCCACUUCCUGCAGCUAGACUAAGAUGCCUAGUCUUAUGGCCACCAGUGCCACAAUGCUGGAUGUCACGUGGAACGCACAGACCACUGAAACCAGCAAAGCAUUAGGACCAAAACCCACACUGCCAUGGUGUGCUAUUGACGUGGACUCACAGGCAGAGGCCCCUGCAGCCAGCCACAAAUAAUGCUGGCCAGAAGAAUCCAUCACUUUCACUGUCAUUUAGCUGUUUGCAAGCUGAUACAGAUAUUAGUCUUAAACUCCUAAGACCAGAGUUCUAAUAAAGCAGGAAAGGAGAAAGCAAAAGGAAUAUUUUGAAAAGAACAGGUUAAAAGCAAAAAUGAAAUUACUCGGAGUUUUAUCCCCUGUCAAAAGUUCUGCUGUCAGUUUAGAUCUUCUUAAUCUGUAUAUUGUAAAUCAGAUAUCUUGCAAGAAGAAAAUCCUGGAAACGGUGAGAAAACCAACCCAUGUGAAUAUGAAUAGGGACAUAACAGUGCCCCUGAGAAAGCAUGAUGUAGAACUUCCCAUGUCACCUCACUGCACACCUUCCAAGCUCUGCAUUGAUGACAUCGAAAACAAUAUGCACUAUCAAGGACUAGGGAAUAAGGAAGAGCUUGACCCAGUUCAGUUGUCACAAGACAAGGGAUCAUAUGGCACAGGUAUAUUUGAACCUCAGUUCAGCAAGAUACAAAAUUAUAGCUACAUGCCACAGAACUUUUCAGCAGAGUUUUCUCCUAACACGCAUGUUCCGAAGCAACAUUUUACUCUUGGUACAGUACUUAGUCCAUGGGAAGUGGGAUAUGAAGAAAAACAGACUGAGCAGCUUUCCAAACUAACUGGAAGUCAGGAUGUUAGCCCGUCAUAUAAGCCAGCACAAUUUGGGAAACGAUUUGAAAGAUUAAACAGUCCAGGAAAUGGAAAUCUCGUCACUGAAAGAUCAGCUUUAAUUACGGGUGAAGAACGUGGUUGCAUGAAUGAGAGAAGACAGUCACAUUUAAUUGCUGAAAAACAGUCUGUACAACAUACUUGGGGAAAAAAUGGAAAAGAGCUGUCACCUUUUCUUGGAGUUGUGAACCAGCCAGCUCCUGUUCUUCUGUCAGAGAACUGUGACCCUUUCGUUAGUCAGAAUAUGAUCAAUUUAUUAAGCAUAGAUCAACAAAAGAUGAGUGAAAUGUUUGGCAAGUGCAGGCAUGAUGGUGUGGGAGAUACCUGUGUCAUUGCUGGGUCUGAUCAGAAUCCAUCCGCUGAUAGAGGCAUUAGAAGCAUUUUUACAGUCCCAGAGUUGCCUUUGAGUAAGUCUACUUUUCAUAAGACAAGCUAUCCAGAAAAGGGUCAGGCACGUGAACACUUCUGGAAGGAGUACAGUGAUAAUAGAGUAAGUGAUCUUUGUAUGCCAUUUGAGAAGAAUUGUUACCCACCCAGCUCUGAAAAACAAGGAAAACUUGGAAAUGAUUGCCAAGGGAAGAUGCCACAGAAAAGUAUCCAGAGACAUGCAGAGAACUCUGUGAGGAAGAUUCCUUUGGAAGAAUUGCCCUCUGAGCAGCCAAGGGACUUUCAGCAUAGUCAGAUUUUGAUGGAAGAAAGAGGAAUAGAUUCUUUACAAGACAGACCAACAUCUGUUAAGAAAAUCUACCUCGAUUCAUCAAGUCAGUCUUCCAGUUACUCUCCCAGGCCAACAGACAGUUGUUUCAGUUCCAGUUCGGAGAUGCCAUCUGAAGAGGAAGAUCAAAUGUUGCAGCAAAUGGAGGACUCAAAUAUGAUAUCCAUCAAACCUAAAGAAACAAGUAAUAAUUACUUUCCAGGAGAAGUGGCAGAACUCUCAAGAGAUGAGGUUGUUAAAGCCGAAGUUGACAAACUGAAUGAGAAUUUUCAUCCGUUCUUAGUGAAACAUACUGAGGAGUCGCUUCUGUCUCGGUGCAGCUCAGCACCCGUAUUGCUAAGCGUGACCAAUGGCAACAGCUUUGUGCAGGUCGCAAGAUGUGAUGCAGAGGUGCAAACAGAGAAUGAACUUGAACUGCAAGGAAAAGCAGAUGCUGCCAUACAGUGUGAUAGGAUUUCAGCGUGUGCGUGUGGAAGAAAUCUGUCCCCUCUCUGCAGUGCGAACACUGCGGCAGAUACCACUGGAGGGCAGCGCAUCCUUAAUAACAGCUAGUAUUUUAAAAUCUCUGCUUGGGCGGUAGCAUCUCAGCCGACCUUGGAAGACAGUGGUAAAUGUUUGGAAUUUCACAGACGUAAAACAUAGCUAAGCAUAAAGGGAAAUUAUUCAGAGACUGUAUUUAUGGUUUAUGUCAGUAUCAACUUAUGCAUUUUAUUUUUAUUGUAGGCAUUUCUGUAGUACCUAGUUUAUUUUCAAGUUUUUAGAAAAUAGUAUAUUUGUAACUACUAUCUGUCAUUCUUGCAGUUUUCAUCAAAGUAAUUCUGUUAUUUAUGGAUUAAAAAUUGCUUAAUUGCUUCCAUUUUUGUUGCAUUUAUUUUAAACUUUAGUAAGUUGCGCUUUCAGCAAGAAUGUCCCUUUUCAAGACUUUUAUGGCAGAACAUAAUCCAAGUAGUCUCCAUAAUAUGAUUUUUGUUUUUAAGAAUUCUGUUAGCAGAGGGACAGAGGGUGAGAGAUACUUGUUCGGUCCUCGGAUGCUCACAAUGAGUCACAGCCAGGAGCUGGGAAAACAGAUCUCCCAGGUGAGUGGCAGGAGCCUCAUUACUGGAGAAUGCAUUGGCAGGAGGCUGGAGUCAGGAGCGGGAACCAGGAAUAGAACCCAGGCACUCUGAUACGGGGUGUGGGUGUCCUAACUGUAGGCAGUGCCUGUCUCCCCAUUUUUUUUUUAUACUUCUCUUUAGUAUGAUACUUCUGUUUAAACAUUCUAGGUUAAGUUUUAGAUAAAAUAUAUCUUGUGUUUUAGUUGGAUAACUUUUAUGUUGGUGCUUUUAUUAA